GACCUGCCGCUCACCGGGACCUUCACAAUGAAGUUCAUGAAAGUGGGCCGUGUGGCCAUCAUCACCCGUGGCCGUUACGCCGGUAAGAAGGUCGUCAUUGUCCAGCCUAACGACACUGGCUCCAAGGCGCACCCCUUCCCUUACGCCAUCGUCGCCGGUAUCGAGCGCUACCCCCUCAAGGUCACCCGCCGCAUGGGUAAGAAGACCGUCGAGAAGCGCAGCCGCAUCAAGCCCUUCAUCAAGGUCGUCAACUACAACCACUUGAUGCCCACCCGUUACACUCUCGAGCUCGAGGGUCUCAAGGGUGCCGUCUCCAACGACACCUUCAAGGAGGUCUCCCAGCGUGAGGACGCCAAGAAGAACGUCAAGAAGGCCCUCGAGGACCGCUACACCAGCGGCAAGAACCGUUGGUUCUUCACUCCUCUGCGUACGUUGCACCCCCCGUUCACCGACGCUUGCGGCUUUUUGUGGUGACAUGGCUGAUGGUUCUACAGGUUUCUAAACGGGAUAAUUGGGGCGUUUUGUCGUUUGAGCGCGC